AAAAACAAACAAAUGGGAGCAGGUUUUGUCUUCAUAAGCACAUAAAUCUGUGCAUCCUUUACAUAAACUCCUAAAUCUCUGCUCGUUUGGUGCAACCCAUUCUCUCUUCUUUCUUCCAUCUUCUCCCUCUCGUUCCUCCUUCCUUGCUCUUAUAUGAUUCCAUGAUCAGCUUCACAUUCAAGGUUGCUCUGUGACCAUUGUGGCCCCAUGGUGCCCAAGUUCACCCUCCUCCCCUUCUGUUUCUUCCUCUUUCUCUUCCCCUGUUCUUCAGCUCAGUUCCUGAACCCCAGGCUCCAGAAUGCGUACAUAGCCCUCCAAGCAUGGAAAUCGGCCAUAUAUUCCGACCCGAAGAACAUCACCGGCACCUGGACCGGCUACGACGUCUGCAGUUACACCGGCGUCUACUGCACCAAGGCGCCGGACGACGGAUGCACUGAUGUAGUCGGGGGGAUAGAUUUGAACCAUUACAAUCUCGGCGGCCACUUGCCGGAGGCAUUGGGCCUCUUGACGGAUUUGGCCUUGUUUCAUAUCAACUCCAACAGGUUUUCUGGCGAAAUACCGCAUUCCUUCAGGAACCUCAAGCUACUCUUUGAGCUUGACUUGAGCAGCAACCAGUUCUGCGGCAGAUUCCCCUCUGUCCUAUUGUGCUUGCCGUCGCUCAAGUUCCUGGACAUCCGUUACAAUGCAUUCGAGGGGAGCCUCCCGGAGAAGCUCUUCGACUUGAAACUAGAUGCUUUGUUUGUUAACAACAACAAGUUCCGGUCGGCCAUCCCGGAAAACUUCGGGAAUUUGCCGGCUUCCGUGGUGGUAUUGGCCAACAAUGACAUCAAAGGGUGUCUGCCCAAGUCCGUAGGGAAGAUGAGCUCGACGCUGAACGAGAUCUUGCUGCUCAACAAUUCACUGACUUCUUGUAUUCCCGAGGAGAUCGGGUCUUUGACUCAGGCCACGGUUUUCGACAUCGGGUUCAAUGAGUUCGUCGGCCCUUUGCCGGAAGCCAUCGGAGGCAUGAAGAGCCUGGAGCAGCUCAAUGUGGCCCAUAACAGACUCACCGGCGAGAUCCCCAAGUCCAUCUGCGAGUUGCCGAGGCUCAGGAACUUCACCUACUCAUACAAUUAUUUCGAUGGCGAGCCUCCUGUUUGCCUCGAGCUGCCGGAGCACGGCGUGAAGUUCUCAGAUCAACAGAACUGCAUCCCGAACCGGCCAGCGCAAAGAUCCGAGCAGGAGUGCCACUUAUACUCGCACCCGGUGGACUGUCGCACCGCCAGCUGCUUCCCGUCACCACCACCGCCACCUUCUCCACCACCGCCGCCACCACCUUCACCACCGCCGCCUCCGGCACUUUGCUCUCUGCCACCUCCACCUCCACCUCCACCGCCGCCGCCGCCGCCUCCUGAAAAUUACUGCCCACCUACGGAUCCGACCCCUACGGACCCGUUCGGGCAGCCGUACCAACCUCCUGGUCCGCAGUGGCCAUGAGAACGCCUCUCCUCUACCGACGAAGCUCGCCGACACUUUCUUUUAAUUGAUAUUAAUGCUCUAUUCAUGGCUUCUUGAAUCAUAAUAUUGGUUGGUAAUCUCUGUAGCAUGCAAUUUUCUUCUCCCUCGUGAUAUUUCUCUCGUUCUCUACUACUAGCAGUAGUCCUCAUAUGAUCCAUAAGGUUUGGUAUGUAAUAUUAUUGGCACAAACUGUGUAAAAUAUGAAUGUAGUAUCAUCAAUUUGGUCGUAAAUGAUCUUAUUCUUGAUCUUUUACCUAA